CGACCAAAAAAAAAAAAGAGGAAAAUUUAUCCUAAAAAAAUGUAGACUCCAAAUAAAUCUCUGCGUGGUACUCCCUCCCUCGAAUUAAAAACACAGGGAUAAGAGGCGUCGCACCAAUAAACCCUGAGAAGAAGAUGGAAGGCUCCGUCAAAGAAUCAGGUUACUACGAAGGCGAACGUCUAACUCAUCUUCUCGCCUUAGUUCAAAGAGGAAUUGAGACGUCCAAGCCUUCGAAUGUGAACUCAUUGCCCGAGAAGCUAUGGCUCAAGAAACAAAUAGCGAUUGGGAUCAACGAAGUGACGCGUGUUCUGGAGAGGAUGAAACCAAACCCUACCGACACUAGACAACCUCCUGUUCAACUUCAGGUAGUGAUAGUAGUAGCAGAUUGUAAACCGAGGAUGCUAACCAAACAUAUACCCAACUUAGCUGCUUCACGGAACGUCCGUGUUCUCUAUAUCAGAGACCACAAACGAGCCUCUCUCAGAUUAGGGGAGUUGGUUAAACUCAAGACAGCUCUAGCUAUUGGCGUCAAGGCGAGAGGAACCGAUCUCAACCUAAUACUCCAACAAAUUCUUCCAAGAGAUGAUACUUCUUGAUCUGGUUUUGUUGUGUCCCUUUCUCAGUGUGUUUGUUGUUAUAUACAUUAUAUAAAUGAGGUUGACAACAACAAAUUUUUGAGAUUCA